GUACUAUUAAAGGAUGGCUCCGAAACACUCGAACGGACAGACUACAAGUAACACGAUGUUCGAAAGAAAGAUGGCGCAGGUACGUCUGUCUCCUGUGGGGAUUGCAGUUAUUUUAGUGUUUUUACUCGCCGGCGUGCUUUAUAUUCACCGAAAAGUGAGUGCUAACAGAUCAGUGGACAGUACAGAUGCAAAAUAUGAUAGUGCAGAAGGUACCGUGCCACAAAGUAUAAAUUUACGGGAGCUUUUGUCUACGGCGAUCGUGGUAGCUCGGCGAGGUGGGGACAUAGUCAAAGAAAUUCGGUUGGCGAAUACACUCGACGAGAAAAGUAAAGGUGAAACAAGGGAAGGAGCAAACAAUCCAGUGACUGAAGGUGAUAUGAAAUCACAUAUUGCUAUGUAUUAUGGGCUAAAAAAAGCAUUUCCGAAUCUUAAGGUUAUAUCAGAAGAGCAUGACAGUGGAGUUGACACCACUGGUGUUGAGACACCCAAUAAAGAAUUACCAGAAGUUUCUAAUGCAAUAGGAACUGAUGACUAUGUACCAAUAGAAAAGAUUGCAGUGUGGAUUGAUCCACUUGAUGCCACCCAGGAAUAUACAGAAAAUUUGGUACAGUAUGUAACGACCAUGGUAUGCGUUGCUGUUGAUGGUCAACCGGUAAUGGGUGUCAUACAUAAACCUUUUGAAGACAAAACAGCUUGGGCCUGGGUAGGCAAGGGAGCCAGUGGAUACAAGUUGCCACCAACGAAACCCGACAGUGCUGCAAAGAAUAUUAUUGUAUCCCGCUCACAUUCAGGGGAUGUUGAAAAAGUUGUGAAAGAAUCGUUUGGAGAACAGUCCACAGUAAUCCCAGCUGGGGGUGCAGGUUAUAAAGUAUGGUCUUUAUUUGAUGAGAUAGCUGAUGCCUAUGUACAUGUAACAUUGAUCAAGAAAUGGGACAUCUGUGCGGGUAAUGCUUUGCUAAAUCAUCAGAAUGGAAUCAUGACAGACUUAGAAGGACAGAAAAUAGACUACUCUGCAACUUCCGAUCCUAAAAAUGAAUUUGGACUAUUAGCCACACUACAUGACCAUAACACUUAUCUGAAAAAUUUGAGACCAGCCUAUGAAGCACUCAAGAAAUCAUAAGAUUUGUUUUAUUUGUUGUUUUUACAUAAUGUUUAAUUUAGGUUUGAUUUUUACUACCUCUUUAUGAAAGGAGAAAAAAAUAUGAUCUUUAACAGCAAGGUUCAAAGGUCAACAGCUGUAAUUGACGUUGAAACCAUUCACAGAUUGAAAUUCAACAGAAACACAUGUUCUUAGGGUUAUAAGUGAGUCAGAGAAAAACAUUUUGGCUACGCAUAUUAUUCAUGCAAGACAAAGGCAUUCUUUUAUUUGUUUUGUGCAUCAAUUUGAUGAUGACUCUUUCAUCAUUCAACUCUUCUAAGUUCUAUGAAUACAGGAUUUUUAAAUUAUUACCUUGCCCGUAACAUCAAAGAUGGAAUGGAAAGGUAUAUUAAGGGAAAAAUUUCUGUCCGGCGUUGGCGGCGGCAGCAGCAGCAGCAGCGUCGUCGUCGUUAAUAAUUGUUAUUGUGGUUUUUUUUUGUGAGCUAUAAUGUUAGCAAUUUUUUGUGUUCUAUUUUUUGCUUACAAGUAUGUUUUACACCUACAUAAGACAUUGAGAUAAAAUAAACUCUAAACUAACAAUCAUGAAUAAAAACAGUACAGUGGAUGCAUAUUUCAUGUGUUGAGUUUUUUUAAAAGCAAACUCCUACAAGUCUGGAAUAUUUUUCAUCCUGAUCCUGACCUAAAAUGCUAUAAUGCAAAGAACAGUAUCUGCUUCUCCUUCAAAUUUCUAAAUCGAGUAUAAAAUGCAAUUAAUUUUAUAUUCUACAAUACUUGCCACCCUUGCAACUCCUUCUCUUUUAACCUUUGACUUGUUAUAAAUAAAAUUUGUUCAUUUCAUUACAUAUUUAUAAGAAUACUGUAUAUAUAAUCAAGUCUAUAUUGGAACUACUUCUGAGAUGAAUCAGUUUCAUAUUCUACUCGCUAUUGCUAUCUCCACUAACGACUAGGUGCAAUGCUAGUAAUUUUUGAGUGGUUGUUUAAUGAUAUUAACAUGAGCAUUGUUAAACCUGUUGGGAUAAUCAGGAAUUGCUGAUAUCCAACUUUCACUUAGCUUCACUAAUGGCGUCCUAUAGUAAGCAGAAAUCUGCAUAUGUAACAAGAUAUUACUAGCAUCAUAUGUAGACAUCAGUGGAGUGGUGUAUAGCGAGUGGAACACUGCUUACAUUGCUGAAUAAACAAAAUGUAAUUUAUUGAAGAAUUUGACCAAAGGAUGUUUUCAAAUCCUGACUUAUUUUCCCCGGGUCAGUAUUUCUAGUGGGUUCCUAACAAUUGUUUUAUAGAGAUGUUAGAAGUAAUUGAUUUUUUAAUUCCAGUCAUUGGAUUUGAUUUCAAAUGUGCUAUUUCAAUUGGGGGGAAUUCUUUAUAGUGAAAGAAUGUCACUAAUCUGAUUGGAAAAUUCAAAUCAGUUUCUCUGGGUAUUCCCUAAGAUUUUGAUCAGAGAGGGCAAUCAAGAAAGUCGUUUACUUUCACAUGCAGUAUUUAGGAAAGUUGAGUCAUUAUAUACAAGAGUAGGAGGCUGCUUAGGCUAUAGCUGCUUUCUAAGAACACUCUUUGGUAGCCCAAAUCUUUAACGGUGAAGGACAAGGGAUUAUUCCCACAAUGCAUUGGUACACAUUUUUCACAAUGGGACCAGUAAUAACCUGCGCAUAGUCAGUCAGUAAUUCAUAAUAGCAAUAACUUAGGAUGAUUUAAUUCAAUAAUUUAUUCAAUAUUUGUGGUAAUACAAAACUUUACAUGUACCUGGUAUAUUUUUGGCAAUGUAUUGCAGGGUUAGUCUGCUGGGUAUAUUUGAUAUUCAUUCAUAUUUAACACACAGAUUGGACUUGAUCUUGAACUUUUCCCACACUCUGCUUACUCUGUCUCAAAAAUUGUAUCUAUCACAGUUCCAGAUUAAAAAUUAUAAGCCAUAUUAUACUCUUGCUUGUCUCAAAAUUAUCAUUUAAAGCGACAGUGUCACCAGAACCAUGUAUGUGCAUAAGAGAGGGGGGGGACGCUUCACAUACAGUAAUGAUGACUGUUAACAUUCAGUGAUAGCGGACAGAUUUCAGAGUUCUGUCAGUUAAGCAUUUACAGGCAAGCGAUUCAAUUCUACCAUUUAUGGUAAAACUAUGCAGUAUAGUUGGUCAUAAUUAGUUUUUUCAGACAAUAAAGUACUAUACCCUAUUUGCUCUAUUACUGUAAAAUCUGUAUUAAAAGUCGCAGCUUCUAUUAAAAUGGUACAAUGCAAAAUAAGAGAUGCGGCUUCUACUAGAGCAUUUAAACAUGAGAAAUAGUGAAUUUUUGGUUCUCAAUUAUUCAAAAAGAAUAAGUAUGACUUCUAAUGCAGAUUUUACAGUAGUAGUACAUAUACUUACAUAAGCAGUCCUUCAUCAAAAUACUUUAUCAAAAUUUGAAUAAUCCUGUAUACAAUAAAUGUAACUGUUGACUUGCAUGUGUAUUUACGAUCAUUUUUGUUUUGAACUGUGUGUACCGGGGUAAUGUGCCAAUCAGAGAACAGAUACAAAAACAAUAGAGCUUUAGAACAUGCAUAGUUUUGGUGGCAUUGUCGCUGUAACUUUGUUUUUAUUAACAAGGUGAAUGUGUCUCUCAUGGUGUUGUAUAUUUCAUUUAGUAUUCAAAUAAAAUCAAUCUUUCGUGGGAAAA